UGGGUACUAUUUAUUUGAAGGCAGAAGAUGCUAUCAUUUGCAGCAGAAUGAACUGAGCGUCAGUCAGAAAAAGUUCCUGUUUACAGAAACAGAGCCAAGAGAAAGGAUGAGCACUGCUGGAAAAGUUAUUAAGUGCAAAGCUGCUGUGCUAUGGGAACUGAAUCAACCCUUCUCCACUGAGGAAAUAGAAGUUGCCCCACCAAAGGCUAAAGAAGUUCGCAUUAAGAUUUUGGCCACAGGAAUCUGUCGCACAGAUGACCAUGUGAAAAAAGGAGCAAUUGUUUCUAAAUUUCCAGUAAUUGUGGGACAUGAAGCAACUGGAGUCGUGGAGAGCAUUGGAGAAGGAGUCACUACAGUGAAACCAGGUGACAAAGUCAUCCCUCUCUUUGUGCCACAAUGUAGAGAAUGUAAUGCUUGCCGUAACCCAGAGGGCAAUCUUUGCAUCAGGAUCGAUAUUACUGGCCGUGGAGUACUGGCCGAUGGCACUACCAGAUUUAUGUGCAAGGGUAAACCAGUCUAUCACUUCAUGAACACCAGUACAUUUACUGAAUACACAGUGGUGGAUGAAUCUUCCAUUGCCAAGAUUGAUGCUGCAGCUCCUGCUGAGAAAGUCUGUCUAAUUGGUUGUGGAUUUUCCACUGGCUAUGGGGCUGCUAUUAAGACCGGCAAGGUCACCCCUGGUUCUACUUGUGCUGUCUUUGGCUUAGGAGGAGUUGGUCUGUCGGUCAUCAUGGGCUGCAAGUCAGCUGGUGCCUCCAGGAUCAUUGGGAUUGACCUUAACAAAGACAAAUUUGAGAAGGCCUUGGCUUUAGGAGCCACUGAGUGUAUUAGUCCCAAGGACUUUACCAAGCCCAUCAGUGAGGUGCUGUCGGAAAUGACAGGCGACACUGUGAAGUACACUUUUGAAGUUAUCGGGCAUCUUGAAACCAUGGUCGAUGCCCUGGCAUCCUGCCAUGUGAACUAUGGGACCAGUGUGGUGGUAGGUGCUCCUCCAUCAGCCAAGAUGCUCAGCUUUGACCCGAUGCUGCUCUUCACUGGGCGCACAUGGAAGGGGUGCGUCUUUGGAGGUUGGAAAAGCAGAGACGAUGUACCCAAACUAGUGACUGAUUUCCUGGCAAAGAAAUUUGACCUCGACCAGCUGAUAAGCCAUGUUUUACCAUUUAAAAACAUCAAUGAAGGAUUUGAACUGCUCUAUUCAGGGAAAAGCAUUCGAACUGUCCUGACAUUUUGAGAUCCUAAGUGACAAGAGCCCUGUGUUUUAAGAUGGUGACCACCUGGAGCUCUCCUUCUUACAAAUCUCUCCUCUGAGAUUAUGGAUGUGUCUCAAAAUACAAGAGAAGUAGAAGAUUUCACAUAGAAUCUUUAUAAAGGUUGACAACUUUCAUAAAGAUUUAGUUUCUGAGCGUGUGGGAGUUACCAGGAGAUUUUCCAAAGCUGUAAUUUUAUAUUUUAAAAAACAUAUAUUUGCUAAAAUUAAGCUCAUUUAAAGUUGUGUUCCAAGGAUAGGUUUUUGUUGCUGUUGUUGUUGUAAAGAUUACUUCGAUGUCAAAGUUAAACAGCGGAUAUAAUAGAAAACUUAAGUAAAGUUUUGGGUAAAUUGUAAAAGGUAUUUAGGUUUGUAAAAGAGUUUUAAAAGCAAGUAAAACUUGUAUGUAACUGACUUGCUAUAUAUAUGGGUUUUUUGUAGAGGCUAAAUAGGCAUCAAAGAUACAUUACUGUUUGUUUUGUGUUUCCCUUGUAAAACCUUAUAACUGUUGCCUGUUAAUGUUUUGCAGAAAUAAUACUUCUAACAGAACAACCUGAACUAAUUUGUGACAAUAAGUCAUCACCUACAGGACAGACAGGACAUAAUCCUGGCUUCCAGUACUAAUAUUGACCCCAAUUAAAUGAAAAGGAUAACUGUAAAAUUACAGAUAUUGAAGUUAUAACCUGUUAUUCCCACUUUAAGACUGAUAAAACUGGUCUUCUGGGUAAUUAAAUCCAAAAACUUGUAGACCAAAGUCAAGGACAUAAAAGGGCCAAGGAAAAAAUCAGCCAACAUUUUAGCCCUUGCCCUCUAAAGUCAGCCACGGUCCAGAGAAUGAGAGGACCUCUCUAAAGUCCCUGCAACUCCAGAGAGUCACCCAAUCUGCCAGAGAGAUUGAGAGGACACUAGAGAUCAGGAAGCCAACUGCAAAGAGGAGGGUCAUUGGAGAGGGAAAUGUCCCUGAAGCUUCUAAGAGAAGCCACAUAUGGCCAGCAAGACACUGACCUAUCCUGGCAGAUGGCACCACUGGUAGAGGAUCCUAGAAGCUUCACACACAUCCAAGAAUUGAUCCCUGAGCAAUUUCAGCUGACUCUUAAAGGUAGAUAGGAACAAGGUCAGUUUUGACCAACUUGGUCUUAAACACCUGGCAGAAGGGUAUAGCUAAAACACAGUACUACAUGAACAUAUAAAAGGAAUAAUUUUUUAAAUAUAACUUAAGAUAUACACUUGUGCAGCCGUAUCUAAAGCAAGUAAAGCUGGAGGCUAGAAAGGAAGGGUUUUUGUGGAAGAGUGCCUAAUAAAAAUGGUCACAAAGGAUUCUAGAGUCACAGGUUUGUCCUGAGUCAAUUUGAGCCUGAUCUCAAACCUACAAAAUCUUCCUAACUUCCUACAUAAAGUAACUUGAUCUGUUUUUCACUGAUAUGAUUAUGAGUUACUAUCUUUGUGGUUUUCAGAGACUGGGUGAAAUAAUAAUUGUUUUUGUGUUAAUUGUUUACAAAAAAAGUAAUGCUUUCCUAUCUUGUUUAUUGUCUCAGCAUAAUUCCUGCUCUAUAUAACCUUGUCCAGUUACUCAUCAACUGCUACUAUGGACCUCUGGACUGCCCUGGUACUGGAUACCAUUAAUUGUCCAUGCCCAACCUGAUAAAGAACAAGGACUUUGGGUCACUUCCCCCAACUUUGCCCUCUCAGCAGGGAGAAGCUUGGAGCUGUUGCCACCCAUUUUCCAUGGACAUGGAAUGUAGAAAUUGACAGUGUGGAAACGCAACAGUGGUCCACUUUAUGCUUUGAAUAUAGCUCUGCUACUGUGGCUUAUUUUUAAAACGACAUGUUUCUUUCUCUUCCUCUCUCCCUGCUUCUCCCUAAUCUCUCCUUCUCCCUAAUUUCAGGGGAAACAGGAUUACCUUUCCUCCCCAACCUAGGCAGAAUUGUCUGUCUACAGGAAUCAAGUAAUUCCGACUUUAGGAAUGGCACCAGAAAAUCUCAGAAAUGACUAUUGCUCAAAUUCACAAGUGAAUUACAACUUCAGACAGAGAACACAUGGAAUGUAGCCUUUGAAUCACCUCUUUAAAAGUCCCCUGUUCCUGCUGAUGGGCAGAAUCACAGCCUCUGGGACAGGAGUCCCUGUGCUUCUCCUUUGCUAGUAAAGCAAUAAAACUUCUUUUUCCUUUUUCUCACUCACACAUUUGUGUGAUGAAUUUGUGUGAUGAAAUAAUGAUGUUUUUUCAAAAAGUUUUAAUCAACUGCUAUGACUUAAAGCAGAUACAGCAUACAAUGGUAUAGUAAGUCUAUUUCCUAAAGUAAUAUUCAUUGAACACUUUGUAACUAUUCUUCUCUGGAUUUGAAUAUAAAUUUUUUAAACACCUGUUAUAAAUUAACUUAAAGUAUGUUGUGAAAUGAGCUCAUUACACUGUACACAUUAUUUGAUUAGAUUAAGAAAUUGUGAGAAUUUAGGGAAAAGUAGAAUUUUAAGUGAUUAACUUUUAGAAUUAUCAGCAUAUAACUUGGUGAAACUGGAAAAGUAUAACCUAAGGGCAUAUGAGGCUAUUAAUGUCUUAUAAAAUAUAUAUAUUUUAUAAUAUCACUUAAACAGAGCACAGGAUGGAGUAACUUACAAUAUUUAUCAUAAUAUUCAUUUUAAUAAAGUAGAAUUAUAAGUCUUUAAGUCUCUAUUUACUUAGAGAUGACUUCAUUUAGCAAAAAGUGUUUUCAGUUUGCUACAACUGCACUGACAUCUAUAUUAUCUUUCCUCUACUGUGAAUGAACAAGAACUUUACUUAGAAUUUAAGUGAAUGGUUUAAUUAAAAAUAAUUUUUACUUGGAUUGACAAGUGCACAUUUGAAAAAAAUAGAUAUGGCCUUUUAACUUCACUAGUAUUUUAUGUUUCAAUGCAAGUUUUGGCAAAGAACCAUAUAAUCCCAUAACUGCCUGGCAUGGAUCAAGUUAAGUACUAUUCAUCCAGCAAGGCUGUUUAAAAAGUAAACUUUCCUAUUUGAAAAAAAGUGCAAAUAUUGAAGAUAGUAGAUUACAGUUUCAGGUGAGAACAGGAGAUGGUGGCUUGAUGGAUGUGGCCUGAGUAUGAUCCUAGUUCCACCUCUAACUGAAAUCCUGAGCACCUGUUUCCUGAGGUUCUUUAUAGCUCCAAUUCUCAAAGGCUCUAACUAGAAUGAGGGCUUGAAAUAAUCAUAAACUUGGUUUCUCUUCAUUUUGAAGACUGAGGAGUAUCUAUUUAGAAACAAAAGGUUUUAAAACACUUUCAAUUCAGUGCUUCAAAAUAAAGGAUUUAUUUAGUGCAUUAGACUGGAAAAUGGGAAUCAAAGAAAUAGCUCUCCCCAGGAAGACACAAGAGAGUCAGCCUGGUCAAGGACUUAAAUCCCUCAGGGAAAAAAAAAAAAAAAAAACAAGAGUGGCCUUGGUUCCAGGACUUUGAACCUAGUACUAAGCCCUGCCUGCUUAUAAGAUGUAUGGUACAGCAGAAUCUUAAUCCUGAUUUGGGCUGUUCCUUUAAAUGAUUGAAUCAUAGGAAUAUUUCAUCUGAAUCAUUUGCUCUAAUUGUAGUAAGGUAAAAAGAAGAUGCUGAAUUACUCCCCAACAGUGAGCCACUACAUUGGAGGCUCAAUGAACCAUGGUUGCCAGACUGAGGACUUGAAUAGAGGAGGGCAGAAGUGUUCCUUUGGUGUCAGUACAUUUCCCAUGGUGCUAUGGGAAUAGUAAGAGACCCUAAAAGCAAAAUUACAUGAUGAUUUCUUGAAGUCUCCUCGCCCCACUUAGGAGACAUCUAAAACAAAGUCUCUUCACUCUUUUACCAAGAUUAUUUUUCUCCUUUUCAAAAUUUGCAAAAUGGAAAUGUCACCAAAUCUCCAUCUCUAGCGCUUUGCUCUAAGAAUAGCUUGCCAUGUUGACCUCAACUCUAUAGGUACAAUCCUCAGUUAUUGUCAACAAGCAUCUAGGUGUUCAUGGAGACUCAAAACUGACAUGACCAAAACUAAGCCCCUCUUCCCCUCCAAGGUUAAUCUGCUUCCUGAGUUCUCUAAUUGUGGCCCCACCUACACACUCAACAUGAAAACUUGGAAAGCAUUGUGCAGGAGUCUCCAAGUUAAUAAAUCAUCAAGGCCUCCUGGUAGUACCUCCUAAUUAGGGAAUGUGAUGGUCCCUUUUCCUCUUCUUGUAAGUGAUAGACCCAACCUGAUUUUUAAAAUUGGGAGCCAUCUCGCCACAAAGCCAUGAAAGGAUAAUUUUGGCUUUACUAUAAAUUACUGCAAAUUCUGAACCUGCUUGGAAUGUCUGCCCGUGCCUUGAACUCACCCAUGCCUGGCUCUCUGACCAGAUAGCAGCCCUCUCUGAAACUUUAGUGACGCCUCACAAAUCUUGGCCUUCCCUGGCCAGAUAAGGACCCUCUCUGAGGCUCUAAUGACCUUCAUAAAUUCUGAUGUUGGGGCCAGCAAAAAUGUAAACUACCAUUUGCGUUAUGCUCCUCAGAGUUUUGUUAUCUGUAACCCCCCUUUGUAUAACUUUCUGGGCUAUAAAGCUGGGCUGCAGGAAAGCUGGGGCUGCUGUCUUGUUCCUGCGGUUUUGGGUGAUAGAGGCAGCCCAGCCGGUCGAAAUAAUAAGCUUGCUUUAAUUUGAUUUUAAUUGGAGUCAGUGGUCUUUUCUUGCAUCCUGGUCUAACAGUAAGCAUGAUCUGGCUCAUUCCUUCAUCUUUUGCCCAGAUUUCUACAACUAUCUAAUGCACACUCCUGCCUAUUGUGAAAUGACUUUGGAUUAGCUCAUCCAAAUUCUCUCUUUGUAUUUAAAAAUACAAAAAGCCAUUUUGAGAGCAAAGGAGGAAGAAGCACUAACAUCUUUCCACCACAUUCUUUCACCUCAAGCCUCAGAAUAGGUCCUGGAUGUAUAGGGCGGAGAGGAGAUAAGGGGAUCUGUCCAUUGUGAAUCAGCUCUGUGUGUGCUCUGAUGAAUUCUUGCUCAUGUGGAAGAGAAACAGGCCACCAACUGAAAAGAGUAAGGGCAAUGCCAAGCACAGGUGUGCUCAACGGCCAGGCUUCAGAUCCUAUCUCUACCCUCUCCUUCUAUUAGAGCAGAAACUCACCCUAUUUCUCCCUUACAUAGGAGACUUAUUUUUCAUUCAUUUAUUUACCUCUUAAAACCAGAGCAGAGCAUUCAGGCUCUAAAACCAUGGAAUUAACUGCUUUAACCUUCAUCAGAGACAAGUUUAAUAGUACUGGGGAAUCAUGACAUUCUUUGAUUUACUGAGUUGUUAAAAAUAAGUUUACUCAGUAUUUACCAGAAACAGUCUAUGUGAUUAAUUUUCACUAUUCUUUUAAAAAUUGUCAAUACUUAAAGGUAAAUUGUGCUAACCUCUUGUCUUUUUCCAAGGUAAUUUCUAAGAGAACUUUAGGAAAUUCCCUAUACAUUGCCCCUUACUCCCUCAGAUAUAGCUUCCCAACAGUCCCCAUAGAGAAGUGUCUGAAGGGCAAAUCUGACUAUGCCUCUUCUUUGCUUAACAAUCAUUCACUUUACCUCCAGGAUUAUAACAGCCGUCAGAAUCCCUUGUGCUGGGCUGAUGACCUCCUUUCCCCUGCACUAUGUACCUAUCACACUUAGGCAACGCUUCAAUUCACUGCACCAACCAUGCUGGGAUUUUUUUUCCAGCACUCUCUUUCUAUUUCUCUUCCUAGAAUAUUCUCCCACCCUCCCCCUUGUAUUAACAAAUACAUGCUAACCUUUUAGGACACAGAUUAGUCUUCACUUUUCUAAUACCUUCCUCUGAUCUCAAUGACUCCCUGUUCUCUCUAACCUGGGUAUAAUUGUGUCAUGCUGUGUUCCCUGUCAUGUUUUAAUUUUCUAUCUAUAUGUUUGUUCCUUCACGGAUCUAUUCAUCUAUCACCAGAUGCUGGCAGAUAGACUAACAAGAAUAGAAGUCCAUUAGUGUUUCUGAAAUAAAUGUAUAAAUGAAAGACUUAAGCCCAUCAGGAUUGGUUUCCUCUGCAGAACUUCGAUAAGGCCUGAAGGUGGCAG